AUGCCGAUCCGUCUGUUGGAUGAAUGGGCGGUUACCCGCACCAAUUCUCUCCCUCUCUCUGCUCUCCAAGGGGCCGUCGUCGGUAUCGAUGCGUCGCACUACAUUUCCCAGCACCUCCUCAACCCCGCCACUCGUGAGCCUCUCCUGGUCGCACUGGGUGGCUUUCCGUUCGCAUUGAAGAAUAAUAUUGAAAGAGAGCUUCAGGCCUUCAAGGAUCUAGGCGUGGCCUGUCUAUUUGUGUUCAACGGCCUAAAUUUCGGCACCAAAUAUCAACGGCCUACCGUGGAGUCGGAGUCAGUGCGGGCCUUCGAGCAAGCCUGGGACCUUUAUGACCAACAACGGGCUGACCAAGUGGUGGAUGCAUUCAGUGGUGCUGGCACUCCGCGACCGGAGUCGCUGUAUCGCUUUUUGCAGCGUAUUCUUCAAAACAAUGGCAUAGACUAUAUGGUGGCCCCUUACAGUGCCGCGGCUCAGCUCUCUCAUCUUGCCAAAGGCUCAAAUCCGCUAGUCGAUGCAGUUUGGGGCCCGUCCGAAGUGUUACUCUUUGACGUCGACAAAGUAAUUACCCGGGUUGAUACCGAUCCGGCACAGGUUGUCUGGCUUUCUAAACACAUGUGCCAGGAGACAAUGGGCCGACUGACGAGUGAACAAUUCCUGGAAUUUUGCUUGCUUCUGGGAUCGUCAUUCCUGCCAACAUUCCCGAUGUUCGAUAACUCGGGAUUUCCGGGAAAGAGCCCAAGUGUUCGGGACGCCCUACCGAUGUUCAAUGCGGCCGGACGGAGCGCCCUCGCCCUUUGCGCCCAAUUCGAGGACGACCGCCGUCUGGAGGAGCUGAACUACACGGACCGCUACAAGCGUGCGUAUAUGACUGUGAAGCACCAUGUGUUCAUGGACGAGGAUGGCCAUGUCGGCCCGGUGGAUGUGGAGAAUGCCUCCUCCGACAUGCAUGAGCUGAUCAGCUUGCGGCUGCCAGAAGAGCUGUAUUUCUAUCUGUCAAAAGGCGUGCUUGGUUCUGAUGUGCCCAACUAUCUGACUUCCGGCGAGGUGUUGAUCUCUCAGCCUUUGGGAGUAGAGGAUACCGAGAUCUAUCGUCAGGUCACGAGCAGUAUGCUCACGCCUAUCCGAACCCAGUCGAUUGGAUUGCUCUCGAACUCACUUCACAGGUUUUACCAGACCAAGGUGAUUAGCGUGCGGACUUGGUACGACGACAACUCUGACAUAAAUAUCAACCUCAAAAGCCUUCCCUCAGUCAAGGAGUCAAUUCAAUCCUGGAAAAUCCGCAGCGACCAGCUCCCCGAAACAGUGAAGAAACUGCAGGGAUCAUACGGGCAUUUCAGAUUUGCAGCCCAAAGCUUGAGGGAGCCCGAAUUUGCUCCCAAAUCGUUUUCGCCUAAGGACGCCCCUGCACUCUCAUCACAGGAGGAAAUCCUCAACAACGUCUUCUGGCGAUUCCUACAGCUUCGGGGCUAUAUCGAUGAAUCAUCGCAUCAGCUUACCCCCUGGGGCGUUUGUCUCGAGCAAGCCCUCUCUGUAUUAGGCCCCGAUGAGUCUCUAGAAGAGGCUACAUUCCUUGCGAUUGAGAUGCUCCGGCUUGGACUCCUCAAUGCGAAGCCGUGGUUCUCUGAAGUCUCUGGGGGGCCCAUGAGGGGAUCAGAUGAGGACAAAAACUUCAAUAUGUUGGUUUCGCGCGUUGCCUGCAUUGCCAAAUUACAACAUAAGAGUAUUGGCUACUCCGGGCCUCUGAGCAGACAAUUGCUGUGCUACCGUUCUCUGAUCACGGAGGUGCGCGCUGCGCUGCGAAACCUGCUUGAAGUCGUCUUGACGGGCCUCUUUCUCAGCGGCGAUGCUGACCGGGACCGGAAGGACUGGAGUGAAAUGAGUGUGAAGCUCCCUUUUAUCGAUGACAAUGACUGUGGGCUGGGCAUUGCCAUGCGCACGUAUCUUGAUGACUUGCCUCUACAGUCGAACCCGACAUCACCGGAGGCGCGGGCCGAGGUGAAGUCGAAAGGCAAGGAUUGGUUCCAGCAUAGCGAAAGCUUCACUAGCAACCUGGACAUGGCAUUCAAACUGUGGGAUGCGGUCUACAAGGGAACGCAGAACGCGGACAAGGAGUUCAAGGACGGACAAUUGUUUGAGGAAGCAAAUAGCUGGUUGGCCGACAGACGGUGA